UGCCUGUGAAGUCAAGAAGAGAUAAGUCCAGUCCCGGAGCGUCGACCACGAGCGUCUACGUGCACCAAACCGAACACACUUAAUUCCAAUCGGUAUAAACUGGUUAUGCAAGAUCUUGCCCUUCAUUCCAGAGGAGAACUGGAUUUGGAUAAUGAAAUAGCUUCCCUGAAGAUUGCUGCUUUUUUAAUUUCACCAUUGAUUUUUGGUUUUCCUCUAUUGAGCAUUUAAAACAAAAAAAAAAAGUUCCGGUCAACCCCUUUUAAAUUUUCCACCUGCCUUCAGGAAACAUAGAAGAGAACCCUUCUUUUUUUCUUUCCAACAUCUCCAAGAUAUCCAGUUCCUUUUUUUGCCCUCGUCUCUCCUUUUUUGACAACAUCUAGCUUGAGGAUUUUUUUUUAAAACUCCCUCAAACCCCCUCAACGCUCAAUUAUCAACAGUAUUGGAGAAAAAAAAAUAAAACGGACAUUUUCCACCACCUGCUAAUUUUAACACAGCAGUCUGAUGGGAACAAGUUUCUAAGAGAGGCAAAAGUUGCCCCAUCUCUCCCUGUUCAGUCUUUACUCAUCAGUCAAGUGUUCCUUCAGGAUCCAUACAGUGCGGAGCGACCCUUCAAGCGCUUGAGAACACCAGGCAACGUCUCAGCCACUGCAGGGAGAUUCACGUGGACCCUGUCGCAGGAGUCCAGGACGAGAUCCCAGCAUCACUGAAGAGCUCCUGACCUAGAAGACUACAAACUUGUGCCAGAAUGACCAUGCAAGGAGAUGACUGCUACUUUUACUACUAUUCCACCUGUACUAAGGGUGAUAGCUGCCCUUUUCGACACUGCGAGGCUGCCAUGGGUAGCGAGACCGUCUGCACCCUGUGGCAGGAGCAAAGGUGCUUCCGUAACGUCUGCAUGUAUCGCCAUAUGGAAAUAAAGAAAAACCGCAAGGAAAUCGCAUGCUAUUGGGAGAACCAGCCGGCUGGCUGCCAGAAACCUCACUGUGCUUUCCAUCACGAGAAGCCGCGCGUCAUCGAUGGGAAUUAUUUUGCCCCAGACAAAGGACAAGUAGUGCGAAAGGAGAAGGAAGAGACCCCACUUGAGGACCAAGUCCCUGCGCCCACUGCAAACCCCUCUAACCCACAGUUAAGAGGAGUCAUUCGAACUGAGACCCAAGAGAAUGUCCCCAGCCCUACCCAUCCACCAGUGGUCAUCAAUCCUGUCGAUGACGACGAUGAGGAUGAUCAAUUCUCAGAGGAAGGUGAUGAAUCUCUUGGUGGAUCACCUCGAAAAAUGAUUACAAACAAAAAUGAUUCGCUGAACUUUGGUAUCCAGACUCUAGAGGAAAUCCGAUUGCGGAAAGCACUCAUGGCAAGUUUGAAGAAAUCUGGGCAUUCCACCAUGCAAGGCUUAGCCCAAAGCAAAGGAACUGCUAUUGAAAAGGAAAACAUUCAAUCUCUCUCACGUCUGGAAGUUAACAAUGCCAGCAUUGAUUCAUCGGUUAAUGAAAUUGGAAAAAGAAAAAUUGCAGACAGAAUUGGGAAAAAACAUUUGGCCAGAGAUGGUCCUGUGGAGGAAGACCUACCUUUGAAACGACGCCUCGCUGAACGUCUCGGUGGAAUUGUUGAAUCCUCCACAGACGUGCUACCACAGAAAGCUCAGAAACCAGUGCGUGAAAGACUGGGGUUGACUGCCACCCCAUCUAGCACAGACGGUGAGCCAAAAUCAUCUGGAGAUAUUCGUAUAAAAACCCUUGAGGAGAUUCGGCAAGAGAAGGCAGCCAGACACCUCAACACAAGUAAAGCUGUGCUUGUUGUGAAAGAAUUGCCGGUGAAGGAGCUGAGCCCAUCCAAGAAAAAUGUCAAACCCGCUUGCGCACCUCAAGUUAAGACCUUCUCAGAAAUCCUUCACGAAAAGAAAAAAAUGCAGGAAAAAAAAGCCCAGGAAGUGAGCACAACAGCUCGAAGUCCAGAGGGAAAUGAAGGACCUUCCACUGCCGGAGCAGCAGACAAGGCUUCUGUGGCAGCUGGGGAGGUACGUGUAAAAACACUGGAGGAGAUUCGCAGGGAAAAGGCGGCCCGGAUGCAGGCACAGCUUCAAGAGGCCUCAGACGAUAAGACCCCAACUUCAACUGAAGCAGAGUCAAGUGGAGCUCCAAAGAGGCGCAUUCUACGCGUUAAUAAAAGCUCAUCAUCUGCUUGCACUGUGGGUCAGACAAAACCAGAUGCACCUGAUAAGAAACCAGAACCUGCAGUAGAGGCAAAUGGAAAAGGUAAACCCACCAGUGAGACCGUUAAAGUAAAAACGUUUGAGGAGAUCAUGCGAGAGAAGAGGCUCCGGAAGCUGCAGGAAGAGCAAGUCACCUCCACCAACCAGAAAGAGUCAGGACUGUCUGCACCUGCUGCCUCACCACCAGCCCCUGAACCCUCUGCUCAAUCACAAACCACCGUGAGACAGCGGAUUUCCCUCAAACAGAAGAGCUCUUUACUUCCUGCUGCCCCAGAGGUCCCCCAGAAAAGUUCUCCCAAGCUCUCUGGAGACAGGACUCCAUUGAUGAACACACCAACUCAAUCAAACACACCAAAGCCCUCGACUUCUCCUGUGAUACCAAUCCAGCUAGCUGAGGGGACUAUUCAAACAGAGACCAAAGUGAAGCCCAAGGUGAAUGUAAAGCCCUCAGUAAUGAAGCCGGCAACCCAGCCUGCCCAAAAAAGGAAAGCGGCAAAAUUUCACUCUGCUGUUGCUGAAGUAAAACCUCUCAACACUGCCUGCCAAACACCUUCCACACUGGUUACUCCUAGCAAGCGCCUCAGGGUGGAGUCACCAACCUCUCCAGAUGUUCAGUCCAACACUCAGCAGGUGACUUCCAACUCCGUGGAUAUUCAAAUAGUGCCUAUGAACUGCGCUGAGCCCGCCAGUACUACAUCACCUGAAAUUGUUACAGUUCCCCAAAGCCCUGUGGUCAAAACCCCCAGCAUGCGCUCUCGGAGGUCCAGCACCACUACUGGUCGUACUCCUGUUGUCACCAGUUCAUCAGUGGAUGACUUUGAAGACCUGUUAGAUGAAUUUACUGAUGAUCGGCUUGAGAAUGACUUGGAGUUGGAUUCGGGCAAGGGAGAGGACGACCUCCUUUUAGAACUCUCAGAAAUGAUUGACAGCUAGACAGGAGCAAUGUCAUACGGUUUCCUACAAAAACACUGCCGCUAUGAAUUUGAAAGGAAUGCGACACCAUUUAAUUCACAGCAUUUUAAAUUAAGACUUUUAUUUUCAAGCUCUAAUAGAUCUGUUUUAAUGUUUCUUUUAGAUUUUUUUUUUUUCUUGUCGAUGUAAAUAUGAUUUCUUCAUCAAAUAGUGCUUGAGAAACACACAUUGUGGUGUCCAGGUCUUGUCCUCUUGUUUUCUUUUAGUUGACUUAAAGCUGUCAAAAAAAGAGGAAGAAUCUUAUUUAGCUGCUGCAGAUGUUACCAAGCCAUUGUAAGCCAGCCUCAGGUGUAAUGAUUGUUUUGGAAGUUGUGUUCUAGCACUAUCACUCAUGUAUUACAAAGACAGGAAGUUUUCAGUUGUGUACUGUGUAUGCUGAAAUAUUGCUUUUUAUUAGAGAUGCACAUCAAGGCCACACCUUUCUUAGUCUUCUUUUGGAGUCACAUGUAUUUAUGAUUCAUUAAAUGUUCUUUGGACAUCAUUAUCAACAUUGUUUUAAAAGGUCAUUUUUCUCACCUUUGAUUUAGUUUAGGCAAAACAUUUUAUGGUCUUAUAGUUUAAUGAUCUGACAGAUAGCUGAAGGUCAUGGCUCGCCUUUCUGCAUUAAUUCUGUCACAAAUUUUAUGCUACCUGAAAUUCCCUUGGGGACCAGCAGCACAUUUUCACUUUGUGAAAUUAAUAUCAUAUUAUUUUAGCAGUGAAGUUCCUUCUCAGACUUCUGAAUGAAAUGUGUAAAUACGAAGCAGUGUUCUCAGGGAAAAUACUUCAGCUUUUGCUAAACUCUGCUUUAACCUGUAUGUUUUGUUUUCUGUGGAAAUGUCUUGACCAUCCGUGUCUUCUCCUCUUUGUUUUUAUUCACCUUAAUUGAGUGGCGUCAUGCGUUAAGGGCCUAGGAUGUGAACGCGCUCUCUGUACUGCAACGUCUGCCUUCAGUUGAGUUGCACCUCUUUCAAAUCUCCUUUUGUAAAUAAAAAGUCUUUAUGAGAAAA